AAUCGAUGUCUCGAACGUUGCUGCGAAUUGCAACGAUAUGACGAUAGUCUAUUGGCUUCCGUUGCUCGCUCGGCAACCUCUUCCGGUUUUAUUACAGACCGAAUAAGAUGGGUAAGCCCCGUGGUCUUCGCACUGCGCGCAAACACGUUAAUCACAGGCGUGACCAACGCUGGGCCGACAAAGACUACAAAAAGGCUCAUCUUGGUACGCGUUGGAAGGCUAAUCCUUUCGGAGGUGCUUCUCAUGCCAAGGGAAUUGUCCUUGAAAAAGUUGGUGUAGAAGCCAAACAGCCCAACUCUGCCAUCCGUAAGUGCGUAAGGGUACAACUGAUCAAGAAUGGAAAGAAGAUUACGGCCUUUGUACCUCGUGACGGUUGCUUGAAUAAUAUUGAGGAGAACGAUGAAGUCUUGGUCGCUGGAUUCGGGCGUAAAGGACAUGCUGUUGGUGACAUUCCCGGAGUUCGUUUCAAGGUGGUCAAAGUAGCCAAUGUAUCUCUCCUGGCGCUUUAUAAGGAAAAGAAAGAACGUCCGAGGUCUUAAGACUCAUUUAUGUACAAAAUGUAUUUUUACCUGUGUUACGAAUAAACACUGAAAGUACACAA